GCAAGUGCAAUGCUAAUAGCGGGAAUAGUCAAGACCAUUGGCUUCUUGUUUACUUUUUAAAACGCUGUUUAAGUUGAAUCAUAAUUUGUAAAUACGAAGAGAACUCUCCACCGUUACUGUUAAACAAUAGUGUAAACAUAACUGCUAAACAGGGAGUAAAAGCGGCGGUAUGGAGAGUUUUUAAUCCAUCGUUUUGGUUUUAAAGGUUUUUGCCCGAAUUGUAAACACGUUUAAAUCAUGAGUUUGUAUAUAACGUGGCUACUUUAAAAACAAACGAAUCCUUUUUUGUAAUUAGUAUUGUUUUGUGGGGACGAUGUGAGCUCUAAACAAAGUUCGUGCACAAACGCCAUACAAUCUCUUGUGACAAAAGACAUGUUGUAGAGCUUGAAACGUUGCCAGAGAGCGAUUCGGGAAUCAAAAUGGCGCAAGCUAUGGAGACAUCUUCUUCCAGUGAAGGUACAUCGGGAGAUCAGAUACACGAAUACGAAGAACAACUCGAAUGCUUGUUAUGUACUUGCAAAUAUGCCUACAAAAGAGCUUUUGAAUAUAUGUGCCUUUGUAGUGACAUAGCAAGAGCCGCACAUAUCACUGACCCCAACAUUGCAUUUUCAGCAAUUUUAAGUACAUACUCAGCAACUGACAUGGAAAGAAUAAGCUUGCUUGUUCACAGAAACAAUAAAGUAAAAAUAUACGAUCACAGAAUGUCAUUAAAGGAAUCAAUUAUUAUUGAUCAACUCGAUAUGUCAUUGCUGAAACAGUUUCAAAAUAACCUGUCUGUUUUCCCAACCUGUAGGAAUCCCUAUCAAGCAUUAGCACAAUCAGAAGUGCUGCAUAGCGGUGCACAAUGUUUGGAGCGAAGAGUAUGCUGUUCGACGUGUCUGUAUUGCGUUAGAUGUUUCAAUAUCAACAACAACUCAUGCAGGUUCAGGAACAUAUCAAGAUGCUUUGAUCACAUUGUAAAGGUGCGGAACAGAAAAGCUCACAUGGAAUAUGGUGACUUUGAAAUAAUCAAACAACAAAAAAUGUCCAAUGUUAGUGGUCCUGAAAUAACAGAAUGGAACGCUGAUCUGAAUAACUGCAAGCGUGGUAUUAGAGAUCUUUUAAGUAUGAUGGUACCGACGUAUAUAAGCAUAGAAACACGUGAUAAGAAGAUAUUUGAGUUUGAUCUUGUGUUAAAUACAAGACGAGAUGUGUUUCGACAGCAUUUUACGACAGAAUAUAACAUCUGCUUCCAAAGAACUAAGCUGGAAAUUAGAUUUGAGUGUUCGUCUAAAUAUCGUAAACUGCUGGGUGACAUAAAAAAUGUUAUUUCGCAACCCUCUAAGAUAAUUCAAAUCAAUUUUGGAUUGUGUGCCAUCAGCAUUGUAUCCGAGUUUUUGCAAAUAAAUAAGGAUUCUUUGAUCAUCAACUUGGAUGAGUUCAACGUUAAGACACAGAACAACACGAGCGCCUUGAAAAUAAAAGUCAAGUUAAACAUCAAAUCGGACGAGGAUAACAUACCAAGCUGCUUUGAACGGAUUAAUAAGGAUCAAUUAUCUUGCCUAAUAAAGGACUUAACAAAUUUGUUUGACGAACUUGUCAAUAAAACAAUGCAAAAGAAACUUUCACUUACCUGCGUGGGUUACAAAUAUAAGUCACUCCAUCUUUAUUUUGACAUGUCUUUGCAUGAAGAUGUAACUAAAAAAAAACAAGACGUGAUUGCAAAAAAUGUAAGAUCCGUAAUAAUUACUCAAGAAUUCUCUCAAAUCCUUUACAGUCAUUCACUGGAUCAUUGUACUGUCAGCAUUGAUUGCAAUGAAGAUGAAGAAGACAAAGAUAUUGUAACAGCAACUUUUGGCAUUUCAACUUUUACUAAAGAAGCUACGGAGAGGCUCACAGAAAUGCUAGUCGAUAUUACAAAGCAUCUUAAGAAAAACUUAUUACAGGAAAUGGAGGCACACUGUGAUGACACAGAGGACAUGGAGUUUUUAACUGAAGGUGCACAGGAACGAAAAGUCCCUUCCAGGAGGGAACGCCAAAAAUCAUUCUCAAGUGUGUACCAUUGCAUACAACAAGGAGAUGUCGAAGGCUUACGAAUAUUUUUGUUAACACAUCCGGAGAUGGUGGACAUGACAAGUGAUAGAGGAGCAACGCCACUUCACCUAGCUGUAAAGCAUCAAAGAACUGAAAUGGUUAAACUUCUUAUAAGUCUUGGCUGUAACCUCUGGACAGCUGACCAUAUCAGCAAAUGGAAUGCGUACCACAGAGCUGCUAAUGAUGAUUGCAAAGAAUGUCUAAGUUUACUGCUUCAGCGCGACAAUUCUGAAAUAAACAACAUGACUGAUGAAGGACAGACACCAUUGCAUUUAGCUUCUUCGAAUGGCAAUGUGGAAUGCGUUAAACUAUUGCUUUCAUAUGGCGUCGAUGUUAACAUCCAGAAUGAUGACGGUGAAACGGCUUUGGAUGUUGCUGGCAGAUCUAAUUCAUUAAAUGAAAAAGAAGUACAAAAUCUUAUCUUGCAAAAAAAAAACCAAUAAUAACCAUCUAUAUUACCAUCAUGACGAAGAUUUUAAAAACGAAUGUAUCAAGGAAUUGGAAUGGAGUCAAUUAUUUGUUUAGACGAUUCUUAGUUGCAAGGGACAGACGUUUUCUGAAAAAAUCCCUCAUGCCAAAAAUAUUCAUACUCAAGGUGCUACAACACACAAAACGUUAAUUAUUAUCACCGCAUUGAUGUAAUUGCUUUUUCUGUAAUCUUUUGAAUACCCAUUAUUAAAAAAGUUGAUAGAUACUGUCGACUUUGAGUAAGAACUCAAAUAACAACAACAAAAUCACUUCAAAUAAC